UUACCAACUAAACACUGUACAACCUCGUCCGUAUCGCUUUUCGAAUUAAAUAUUCACACUUUUUUUUCUCCUUCCUUCAUUCGCCUCUCUCUCUCUCUCUACACUGUGUCGAUCUUUACGAGGUUCACUAGCUCGGACUCCCUUCUCAACCUCCUCCUCCUCCGUUCGAUGGCAACCACAGUCGCAGCAACGAAGCUCACCUCCUUGAAAGCCGUCAAGAAGCUCGGGUUCCGUGAGAUCCGCCAGGUCCGUCAAUGGUCUCCGCUUCAGUCCGCCAUGCCUCAUUUCGGAAUGCUCCGAUGCGGAUCGCCACAGUCAUUCGCAACCUCCACGGUUGUGAAAGCUCAGGCGACAGCUGUUGAGCAAUCGACAGGGGAAGCUGUUCCGAAAGUGGAGUCUCCGGUGGUCGUUGUGACUGGUGCUUCGAGAGGGAUUGGUAAAGCUAUUGCUCUUUCCUUGGGCAAAGCUGGCUGCAAGGUGUUGGUGAACUAUGCAAGGUCAGCAAAGGAGGCUGAGGAAGUUUCUAAACAGAUUGAAGCAUAUGGAGGCCAGGCUAUUACUUUUGGGGGUGAUGUCUCCAAAGAGGCUGAUGUGGAAGCCAUGAUGAAAACCGCUAUUGAUGCAUGGGGAACCAUUGAUGUCGUCGUCAACAAUGCAGGAAUCACUCGGGAUACCUUGUUGAUUCGCAUGAAGAAGUCCCAAUGGGAUGAAGUGAUUGAUUUGAAUCUCACUGGAGUGUUUCUCUGUACACAGGCAGCAACAAAGAUCAUGAUGAAGAAGAGAAAGGGAAGAAUCAUCAACAUAGCGUCAGUUGUUGGUCUCAUUGGUAAUAUUGGCCAAGCAAACUACGCUGCUGCUAAAGCUGGAGUUAUUGGGUUUUCCAAGACUGCCGCCAGAGAGGGUGCGAGCAGGAAUAUAAAUGUCAAUGUGGUUUGCCCUGGAUUCAUAGCAUCUGACAUGACUGCCAAGCUUGGAGAAGACAUGGAAAAGAAAAUCUUGGGAACAAUUCCAUUAGGACGAUAUGGACAACCUGAAGAUGUGGCUGGCUUGGUAGAAUUCUUGGCUCUCAGUCCUGCAGCCAGUUACAUCACCGGACAGGCAUUCACCAUUGAUGGAGGUAUUGCCAUCUAGGCAUUUGUUAAGAGUUGCUUUGUGUUUAGGCAAAACCGAUUUGGUAAAACAGACAAAGUUGAGUUUAUUCUGGCACUUGGUUGGAUUUCUGUUCUGUGGAUUCUGUUUGGAGAGAAAUCUAAAACGCAUUGCUUAAACUAAGUUACGUAAUAUAUGAACCAAAGAGCUUUGUACUUUA